CGACGGCAUUAUGGGAAAUGUAGUCAUACCGCGUUGUCUCACGAGUUAAAAGGCAAAAGAAAGAAAAGGCAAAUUUUGCAAACCCAACAGCUGUACAGUCUAUAUGUUUCAGGCAAGACGGUUUGAAACAGCAGCUCGAGUUUGGGUGUUUUUUUUCAACAAUGGAGACAAUAUCUCUCGACAAAUCAGCCUUAAAAGCAGUGGAUGAGUACUGGGAGUAUAGAAGAAUCGUGGGUGAUGAUGAUGGAGGCAAACUGUUCACUCCAGAGCAAUAUGAGGAGUACAAGAGGAAGGUGCUCCCUCAACGAGUAAAAAACAGGCUGUAUGUAAGCUUUGGGGUACCAGGAGGUGUUGAAUGUAAACUCAUUGGCCCUGAGACACAAUGCUUCUGUACACAUAGAUAUAAGCAACACAAGACAGACUUUGAAGUUGUUCCCUCUGAGCGACCCUUGGCUCUACCGUGCCAGGUCAGGGGAUGUCAUUGUUCUGCCUACCAAUAUGUUCCCAAGAUUGGGCCAACACCUGUCCGCUGCAGGUGUAAACACUUACCCCAUGAUCACAGUGAAACUACUGGACAUUUGUGCAAGAAGUGUACCUGUACUGGGUUCCAGAGCUCCUACAUCUGUGGCUGUGGCCAGCCCAGCUCUGCCCACCUGACCCUGGUUGAGACAAAGCUUGAGAGGGAGGCACAGGGUCGGCCGGUAGGCAGGGAUGUCCCUUAUGCUGCCAUGGGGGGACUGACAGGGUUCAGCUCCUUGUUGGAUGGUUACCUUGCUUUGGAAGCCAGUGGAUCAGAUCAAGACAGAGAAGAUGGCUGCCAGCAGAGAUGCUCAGCAUUAAAGAUCAACCAAGCGUCUACUAAAUCAUCUAGCUCUGUUCACUGCAAGAUGACCAACAAACAGUGAAAUGUAACAUUACACUCAGAGUCCACCUGUCACUUCUGUCCAUUAGAUAUUGGACAAUUAAGGUUGACCAGAGCAAAUAAAUCCUUCAGUUCUGCUGAUCUCUUACCUUUAA